AUGAGACUUGAGGAGUUCUUCACCUCUUGGAGAGUCGACCUCCUGCUCUUCCCUAUGAUCCUAAUCCCUGCUCGACUGGCCGAUUGUACAGCGCAAGACAAGGACAUACCGCUGUGGCUCGAUCUCCUUACCUCGAUUAUGGCGUUCCUCUGGUGCAAAUGGUGGGCGUGGCCGGAUGCGUUUGGGCCCCAGAUUGACGCCAGAACAAGAGCCGCCGCCAGCGGCGCAGACGGUGCACUCGCAGUCACAACGGCCGAGGUUACCGAGCUGAGACGCAGAGUGCUGGUGCUCUCCGGAGAGCUGGAGGAGACGGUGGAGGAGCUACUGAGUGAACGGGCGGGAAGGGUACGUGCUGAGGAGAGAUGCUUAGCAUUGGAGCGGACCGUGGAUACAUUCAAGUACCAGCUACAGACUUUGUCCUGA